AUGGGGGGUCAUAAUCGCCGUACGGCCACACAGGCCUACAGCCCUGACGCUUCUUUGGUGCUUAUCGGAUUCUUCGGAGCUGGGAAGAGGACGCUCGGUGUAAUAGCGUCUGUGGCUCUACGUCGUUCCUUCAUUCACUAUGACAGUUACUUUGCUAAAAAAGUCGGUUCUACGCCACACGCCUAUCUGAAGACUCAUGGUUCAGCGCGAUAUCGUGAAACAGAGUAUGAUAUCACAAAAGAAAUACUUACUAAGCAUCGUUCUGGAUGCAUUAUUGUUGGAAUCGGUGCUAUGGGAGGUCAACGGCUGAAAACCCUGCUCGAGGAAUUCGCUCGUAGCUAUCCAGUCGUCCAUGUGAGAAGAGACAGAGCCGACAUCCAGCGAUUGCUUGAAGAACAAUUUGAACUUCCAUUUAGGACAGGCAAUGGGUUCUAUGAAUCGUGUUCCAAUUAUGAUUUCUAUAACGUUACACAACACACAGACUCUGCAGACACUGUCUCGCCAUAUUGGAGACUCAAAGAGACAGCCAGCUCCUUCAAAAGAUUUCUUUUCGGGCUAUAUGGUAUCAAAAUGAGCCGGCUCCACUCAAAUGAUCCUCUGACCUCUGCGUAUACGUACAUGGUACAGGUUCCCCCUGCGUGGAUGGAGAGCAGCGACAUGAACCCUGAAGAGCUGGAGUCUGGAGCGGAUGCAAUAAAUCUUGCUGUUCGCCUCGACAUCGAAAAUACGUUAGAGGAUCUUUCACGAAAAGUUGCCAUGAUCUGGAAACACUCACGCGCCCCGGUGAUCUUCGAUGUUAAACUGAAUCCUAGAAACAACGACCUAUAUCAGUAUUUCACACUCCUUGAGGCGGGUCUUCGCAUCAGUCCAGACUUUAUGACUAUCGAUCUAGGAUUAUCCGACGAACUUAUAGAACGAACCAAAGUCACGGAAGGGCUCGAAGAAGGAGUCCUUGACGGGGUUCUAGACGCGGUUCUAGAUGGACUCCAAGAAGGUGAGCGGGAUGAAGACAAAGAUGAUGCCGUCGCGAUGGAUGUCACCACGGCAGGGGAUGAAGUUGCAACUACUGGUGACGAAGUUGUCGCGGGUGAGCCAAUUCCAAUACAGUCUGUAGGUAGAGAAAUGGUCUCAGACUAUGAGGUCAAUUAG